UUGGACGCAAAGGCGGAAGUAAACACCCUGGUUUAGUUUACAGCGCUGUCUCCCCGUUAAGGAUGGAGGAGGAGGAGGAGCAGCGGCGCUCCUUGAUGUUCCUCCUGACCUACAUGCUGCUGAAGCGCAGGAGAGACCUCAGCAACGCAAACACCCAGAGGCGCAAUGAGAUCCAGAGACGCAUCCGACACCGACAGUACUUCUUCCAGAGACAGAGGAGGAUGCUCAUGAUGAUGAUCGCAGGAGGAAUCCGCUCCAACGUCCGCAUCCGCACCCGUCCCUGGACCAACACGCCGCGCUCUGACUGGUGGGAGCGGGUUGUGAUGACCGAAUUCCAGCCCUCCGACUGGCUGGACAAGUUUCGCAUGAGCCGGGAGACCUUCUUCUACCUCUGCGAGAAGCUGAGGCCCCGUCUGGCUCGCCAGGACACCAGCUUCCGCCUGGCACUGCCGGUGGAGAAGCGCGUGGCCGUGGCCCUGUGGCGCCUGGCGUCCAACGUGGAGUACCGCACCAUCAGCACCCUGUUCGGUGUGGGGAAGUCCACCGUGUGCAGGUGCGUCAGAGACAUGUGCCAUGCCAUCGUGGCCCUCCUCAGCUCCGUAUACCUGCGGCCCCCCACCGAGCAGGAGCUAGAGGACUCUGCUCAGCUCUUUCACUCCUACUCGGGCUUCCCACAUUGUGUCGCCACCAUCACAACGCUGCACACAGCCAUCAUCACCCCGUCCAGCAACUCCUCCGACUACGCCAACCCGGCCGGCUGGCUUUCUGUCCUGUCUCAGGUGGCGGUCAGUGGCCGCGGACACUUCUGGGACGUGUGUGCCAGUUUCCCAGGCGGGACGGAUCCAGCUGAGAUCUUACAGAACUCCUCUCUGUGGUUCACAGCUGCAGAAGGUGGACUGUCUCCUGCCAGAACGCCCGUCUUCAUGGGGAAACCACUUCGAUAUGUGUUGCUGGGGGAGGCCUGCUACCCGCUGCAGAGCUGGCUGAUGAAGGCCUACCCAGAGCAGAAGAGCCAGAGGGGAUGCCACGCGGCGUUGCCGGAGCCGCAGCAGCUGUUCAACCGGCGCCUCUGCAGAGCGCUGCGCUCCUCGUCGGAGGCGCUGCUGAGGCUGCGGGCGCGCUGGCAGUGCCUGAGCAAGAGGAACGACUGCGGGCUGGACGUGGUGCCCACCAUGGUCCUGGCCUGCUGCAUCCUGCACAACGUGUGCGAGUCCCACGGGGACGCCUUCAAGGCAGAGUGGCAGGCGGAGGUGUGCGAGGCGGAGAACCCGCAGCCCGGUCACAAAGCCCUGCCCUCAACCAGCACGGAGCAGAACGACGCCGAGGAGGUCAGGGGCCUCUUCUGUGACUAUUUCCAGCUGCAACGAGCCUGACAGCAGUCGCUGGAAAACCUGACGUGCCAUUUUCGUCAUUAAAAAAACUCCUUAAACAGCACUAUGUGUUCAACGCAAGAGCAAUAUUUAAAACAUAAAGACAGCAGUGUGAUAUCUUUAUAUGACAGUAUGUUGAAUUUUCUGUCUCUGUAUAUUGAGUGUUUGACCCAUGUGGCCUCCAACAGGGCCAGUUCAGAACCCCAACUCUUAUUACAGAACCAUGUUGUCGAGAAAUGUACCGAAUGAGGCUGUCGUCUUUCUGAAAUACACGCAAACCCUGACCUGAGGAUGUCUAAA